AUGAGCAAAGAUCUUAACAGUCACGAUAUGCGGAAGGACACUUCGAUGCAAACGACGCGUCCUUCGUCCCCGAGGAAGUUUUUCGCGCGGAUCUACGGGCAUCUGGAAGAUACGCAGAGUACGGAAGUGCAAAAGGAGACGCUACAUAGGAAAGCCGAGUCGGACAGUGAUUCUUGUUCGGAUGUCGAAAUAGGUGAUAACGAGGACGUUAGAAAUAGGAUGCCGCAAAUUUGGGCCCCACCAGCUCCAAUGCCGCUGUGCCCACGACCGAUGCUGCUGCCGCACCAGCAACUGGCCUUUGGCGCCGGCUUAGCAGCAUUCCGUAAG